AUGAGCUCUUACUUUGUAAACUCGUUCUCAGGGCGCUAUCCAAAUGGCUCCGACUAUCAGUUACUAAAUUAUGGGACUAACGGCGCUGUGAGCGGUUCCUUCAGAGACCCUGGCACCAUGCACUCCGGGUCUUUCGGCUACAACUACAAUGGCAUGGACCUAACCGUGAACCGCACCAACACCGGCAGCCACUUCGGGGCCGUGAGAGAGGAUGCCCGGGGAUUCGCGCCGGACGCCCGCUACAGACAGACGCCCAACUGCUCUCUCUCGUCUCCAGAUCCGGUGCCGCCGUCGUGCGCCACGGCCAGCCGGGAGCCGCUGGAACUAAAAAGCCCCUCUCCACCUUCUGACCGGAGCUCGACCUCGAGCGGCAACAAAAGCAACAACGCGGCUCAUUUCACGGAGAUAGAGGACGCCACGGUCGCCUCCGAGACCGAGGAGGGCGCGCACAGCAGCGGCGGCGGAUCCAGCACGGCACCGCGGGCGCAGCAGCAGCAGCAGCAGCACCAAGAUCCCAACGCCACCUCCUCCACUAACACAUCAAAUGAUUGCCAAUCGCCACAAAUAUUCCCCUGGAUGCGGAAACUGCACAUAAGCCAUGAUAUGACUGGACCUGAUGGGAAAAGGGCCCGAACCGCGUACACCCGGUACCAGACGCUAGAGCUGGAGAAAGAGUUUCACUUCAAUAGGUACCUAACCAGGCGGCGGAGGAUAGAGAUAGCCCACGCCCUGUGUCUUUCCGAAAGACAGAUCAAAAUCUGGUUUCAGAACCGCAGGAUGAAGUGGAAGAAGGACAAUAAACUGAAAAGCAUGAGUCUUGUGACAGGAGGCAGCGCCUUCCACAACUGAAUAACUUUUUGGUUGAAGCGUAAAAAACAAAUAAUUAAAAAAAAAGCAGAGAAAAAAGAAUUCAUGAGUACUGUAUUUGAAAAGCGCAGCACCUUCCAGCAUGCCAUUGUGAUAGAAAAAGAAGUAUUCUGUGGUCUUAAGAAAAGAAAAUGCCAUUUUUAGUUGUUGUAGCUUAUAGAUGUCCUAUUUGGAAGAUGUAAAUAUUAUUGGGGGUAAUAAUUGUCUUUUUUGCUCUUUCUCUCCCUCUAUCUCUCUUGAAGGUGUUUCAACUUGAGCUCUUUAUUGUGUGACGGUCUAACAGGAGUAAAAUUCAUUGUACAGUUACAAAAAAGAAAAGAAAAAAGAAAGAAAAAAGUUUCCAAACCAUAUGCUGCUCUUCAUUGAAUGUAAUGUAUUCCGGGGGCCAUAAAAAGCGCUUUAGUGUAACUGCUAUUUCUGAUCUUGUGGCCACAUCCAUAAAAG